GCGACAAAUGGGCAUUCCGCACACAAGCAGACGGACACCCGAUCUGGUUCUCGGAGCGCCAGGCCAGCAGCCCCAGGGCCGCCGUCCCGAGAACUUUGCCGGCCCUCGCGGGGCCUGGCGCCGGCGGUGGGGAGGGCCGGGCAGAUGGAUCUCUAGGGGACUCCCAGCGGCAGGUGGCCCGCUCCCGGCCCAGCCCCGACCCCGGGCGUCUCGAAGAAGCUCCCGGGAGCGAGGGCCAGGCGGCGGCGCGGAACCCGGCGGAGCAGGCGGAACAAAGGGAGCCGCGGGCCGGGAGGAUGCUACGCUCCCCUGCGCCCCACCCGGCCCGCUCUCGGGCGCUGCCUCGCGCGCAGGUCCAUCCCGCCUCCUGCCGCCUUGGGACACAAGGUGCUGACCCCGCAGACCUGCCAUGAAACCGCACUUGAAGCAAUGGAGACAAGGCAUGCUCUGCGGGAUAUUUGCGUGGGGGCUCCUCUUCGUGGCGAUUUUCGUCUACUUCACCGACAGCAACCCUGCUGAGCCCGCGCCCAGCUCCUUCUCCUUCCUGGAGACCAGGAGGCUUCUGCCGGUGCAGGGGAGGCAGAGGGCCAUCAUGGGCGCUGUGCAGGAGGAGCCCGCCCUGCCCGAGGGCGCGGACGCACCCGGGCGGCUGCCCGGGGUACCCCCGCCCGGCCCUCUGCACGCGGGGCCGGGUGACCUGCAGACAUGGGCCCAAGAUGGGUUGCAAAGUGAAGAAGAGUUCUUUUCACCUCAGAUGGGGAGAAAAUCUCAAAGCACUUUGCCCCGGGAGGACGCCGCUGGCCGGCCAGGGGCGCACAGCCGCGCUCCGGGCACGUCUGGGCCUCUGUCCCCCGGAGACCCAGGCCCGCCGGUGGGGGCUGAGCCGGCGCACCAGGCCCCGGGGAGGCGGGCGCAGAGACGGCCCCGGAGGCUGGGAAGGAGCACCGCGCCGGAGGAGGGCGAGGACGGUGACCGGCUGUCCUCGUCCAUGUCCAGCGCCUUCCUGCGCCGGCUCUGGAAGGGCGACGCGUCCCCCCGGAUGCUGCACCCGCGCCUGCAGAAGGCCAUGCGCGCCUACCUGAGCGCCAACAAGCACGGCGUGCGCUUCCGCGGGCGGCGGGCGGCCGGGCGGAGCCGCGCGGAGCUGCUGUGCGCGCUGCGGGGCCGCGUGCGGGUGCGCACCCUGGAUGGCACCGAGCCGCCCUUCUCGGCGCUGGGCUGGCGCGCCUUGGUCCCCGCCGUACCGCUCGGCCAGCUGCACCCGCGCGGGCUCCGGAGCUGCGCCGUGGUCACGUCGGCCGGCGCCAUCCUCAACUCCUCGCUGGGAGAGGAGAUAGAUUCCCACGACGCAGUUUUGAGAUUUAACUCUGCUCCUACGCGUGGUUAUGAGAAGGAUGUUGGAAAUAAAACCACCGUCCGCAUCAUUAAUUCCCAGAUUCUGACCAACCCCAGCCAUCACUUCAUUGACAGUUCAUUGUAUAAAGACGUCAUCCUGGUGGCCUGGGACCCAGCUCCUUAUUCUGCAAACCUUAACCUGUGGUACAAGAAGCCAGACUACAACCUGUUCACGCCGUACGUGCAGUACCGGCGGAGAAACCCGGACCAGCCGUUUUACAUUCUCCACCCCAAGUUCAUCUGGCAGCUCUGGGACAUCAUCCAGGAGAACACGGAGGAGAAGAUCCAGCCCAACCCCCCGUCGUCUGGCUUCAUCGGCAUCCUGCUCAUGAUGACGCUCUGCCGCGAGGUGCACGUGUACGAGUACAUCCCGUCGGUGCGGCAGACGGAGCUGUGCCACUACCACGAGCUGUACCGCGACGCGGCCUGCACGCUGGGCGCCUACCACCCGCUGCUCUACGAGAAGCUGCUGGUGCAGCGGCUGAACACGGGCGCGCGCGGCGACCUGCGCCGCAAGGGCAAGGUGGUGCUGCCCGGGCUCCGCGCCGCGCGCUGCCCGCCGCGCGCCUGAGGCCCCGGGGCGCUGGUCCCGGGGGCGGGGCGGGGCGACCGCCGCCACCGGUAACUCAGCCUCCGCCGGAGAGUUCUUCCCCUCCUAAGCCUCUGGGAACUCACGACGGCUUUGAAUAUAGAAAUGGAAUUCAAAGGGGGAAAAAACAAAAACCAAGAAAGAUGCAAGAAACAAUUUUUAAAAGGAUAGCAAGGAAAAAAAAUGUAUAUCAAAUGGUCAAUACCUCCAAAACGUCUUUUCUUUACCCCGCCCCCCAUCAGUCAGGGAGGGUUUCAGCCACAGGGCUCCGAGGUACACCUGCCAGGAGGGCGUGGCUUAUAGCUGGGAGCGCUCACGCGGAGGGGCAGUACCCGUCACAGCCGGUGAGUCCCUUGACUGUGCACUGAUCGUGAAGCAUCCCAGAGUCGAUGACGAACGUCUGGAUUAUCCCCCAGACGUGUCUAUGGCGACAGCAAACCCCCCCCCCCCCAUAUCCUAUGAGGUGUUUCCAGCCGCGGGCAGCCCCCUCUCUGGUCCCUGUUGCCCGCCAAAUGCUUUGGUCUUCGUGGGUCAGGCCACAAAGCAUCCCCCCUGAGCAGUCCAAGAAAAAGCCCACCCAGGGUAGCAGUACAGACGAUGCACUUUGUUUUCCUGCACUAUUUCCUUACUUGACCAGGAAUCCCUGGCCAACAGGAACUUCCCCGGCAGGUGAAUGCAGACCCGGGGUCUGCAGGCGGCCCUGGACAGACCGUCCUCCACGCCGGCCCUUCUGGUCUGUACCUCCUCGCCCGCCAGCCCUCCCCACAGCCCGGAAGCCAUAGGCGCCGACAAUUAGGACAUCCCCCUGGGGGAAGGCUCCUUCCAGUCUAGAAGGGAGACUGGGGGGCUGGCACCUUGUGAUUCCGAGGGUGCACACCUGUGUCUUUCAUGUGUCUUUCUGGUUAGUGUCAGCUAUUGGGAUCCUGACAGUGAUGCACCGAUUUUCACUAAUUCUUCCUACGGGCGGAUGUUUCGGACCCCCACCCUUGUUUUCACAGAUGUGUUUUACAUGAGCAACUUGACAAAGCCAUAUGAUUAGGUAUAGUUGUGUGAAAGUAUCGCCCUUGAACAGCAAGGAAAAUAACACGUGCUUCAGAGGGAAAGGCAGUGGAAGGGAAGACGGUCGUGGCAGUGAGUGAGCUACAUUCAGUUUGUUCUGUUGUAAUUUCAGCCUUGUCACUGAUACAGUGAAAACAAAAUGUUUUUGCCGUGAAUGCAGCGAAACAGAAACGUUUUGGAAUACCUUCGUUAAACAGGCAACUUCAAUCUAUAAUCAAAAUCAAAACGUAUCUCAGUGGUAUAGUGAAGACUUCUUGGCAGUGACAAUAGCAACUUAAUUAAAUGUGUUCUCCUUUGCAAGGGUGUGAACGUCAGGAGAGUUUAGUUUUUUGUUCCAGGAUUGGUUUCUUUUCCUGAGCAAGGAUGGUUUACAGAAACUGGCAGCUUCUGUACCGUUAGUCUACUCCACAGAAAUAGGGUCGGGUCACAGGCAUCUCCUGUGGCUUCUUGGAAGAGUGAUGUGGGAAGAAUGAAGAGUUUCCAUCGUGACAGUAUCCCACUUUGAGAGUUUUGCUUCCAGAUCUGUGAGAAGGGAUGGGUAAUUUUGUCUAGCACAUUGGCUUAUGUCUGAGCAGACGUGGCCAAGACACUUUUCUUCCUGAUUCCCUGAAAGAACAUAAUCUCUUCCAGUGCUGAGUGAGUAAUGAGUUCAGCAGCAUUGCUGUGGGGUGAGCAGUCCUCCAGCCGCUCUGUUCCUCCCCAGAGCCUCCAAGCUCUGACCUUCAGAUGCCCAUGUCACUGAUGUUUCUUUAGUAGCCUCCUUCUGGAUUUCUCUCCCUGCGUCCUUAUUUCCAGGACAGCCCCCUCAUGAGAACGUGAGUAGAGGAAAAUGUGCCGGGGGUCGAUGUAAAUAUUCAAGUUCAAAAGCCCUAGAAAAUAUUUCAAGGAUUUUAAAAUACACUUUGUUGUAACACAUGGACUUUUAGAAAGGACUUUCAGUCUCAUUGACGUUAUAAGAAAGACUGAAAAGCUUAAAGAAAAUUUAAUGAAAACUUUUGGAUUUAUCACAGCCUUAAAGACUCUUGGGAAUCGGGGUCUGUUAAACAUUGAGGAAAAUGUGGUACACAUUAAUAUUCGUGUGGGCUGGGUGUGCUUCUGUUUGAAAGUUUCCAUUGUUCAGCUGCUCAGAAGUAGCAGGCAGAUGUAGUGGACAUGAUGACCGCUUCUAGUUUGAGUCAGGUAGGUCCUAUGUGGCAGAGUUUUGCCAGAUGUCGACUAAAUCCUCAGAUGCUAUGUUUGCUGAAUAAACACACAGCCCUUGCGCAGAGAUGUUAACAGAAAGCGGUGCCCACUGCAUUCUUCCCAGCUCCGCCCCUUCCAAACCCUCCACCCUGUUCCGGGACCAGAUGCUCGUAAACUGAAGCUAUUCAGUGUCCCUUUUUUCACUCUCAGGACGGACAAAGGUCACAUUGCUUUACAUCUCAAGAUAACGUCACUUCAUCUUUUCUUGCUGUUGUUGUUGUUACAAUACAACAGUGUUGACCAGGAGUGACAACUCACCUGCAACCAGGUUCACCCAGCUCGGUUCCCCAGCUCCUUCCACCAGGUACAGGGUGAGGUCUGACAGGUCCUCACGGUCCCCGGGGAACACUAGUGCUGGCCCCGUGUCUCACCUCCCCUGCGUCCUUACAGGGGGCAGCUCAGAGCUGUGUGUAAGCCUCGUGCAACUUCAGAGCUGAGAACCGAGAUGGGUGAGCAAGCGACUUUUUCCCCCUUUCAGGUUCAGGGGGACUGUCCUCGUCUGCUGGACGCAGAGCUCAAAACUCUCAGUCACAGCCCACCCCACGUGUCCCAGGCCCUCGGCCGGUCAGCCAGACACUUCAUCAGUUCUGGACUCUCCAGUCCUCUCCUGCCAUUGAAGCAUCUGGACAAAGCCAGGCCGAAGCAAUUGUUAGCAUUUUCAAAACUGAGAAAUAAAAUUAACUGUUUAAAGCUGCCACAGGUCAUCCUGUGGCAGGUUCACGAGCCAGUCCAUUCUGGUGGGACAGAUUAAUAUCUGAUGCUGUGGGCUGACCCUUCCGGACAGGGAUGCUGAGAGCUACUGAAUUGACUGGGUCUGUUUGGCUGCAUGAGGUGGAGUCAGGCUCUUGUGAGUAAUGGUCGGUGAUGUAAGACUCUCACUGCACAGAUGACACGACUAAAGCUCUCUCUUCAGCCUUUUUUCUCAGAGAUCAACGCACAGGGCGGGGUCGAGACUGGUGGCCAAAGUGACCUGGUCCCACAGCUAAGCAGCAGAAGGACAAGAGACGGAGGACAAGAGCGGUUCCACAGCUGCAUUUAGAAGUUCAGUGCUUGGGCCAGUUGUGCCUGAGUUCAGACUUGCUGUUGAUGCUCUGGGUAUUUUGUGAAAUUGUCCCAUGUUUCUGUCUCUCAGACAGUAUUUACACCAGUGGUUCAUGAAGGGUAUUUCUCUGUCAAGGAAAUAAAUUGUUAAGUUCUGGUUCUUGUUUUAUUAGAUGAAUGAAGCCUUUUAGUAAGAAGAAAAAAAUCUAUCAGUUUCUCUACAAGCUUGGGCUAAUGGAAUCUAAAGACUUAAAGGUAUUGAUAGAAUUCUUACUCUUGCUCUAAAGCGUGCAUGUAGAUAUAGUUCUGUGUAUAUAUACGUAUCUACACACAUGGCUGCUUUUAUAGUGUCUUUUUUCAACAAACUUUACUUCUGAAAACUUUACAAUAAAGUUUGUUUUAAUUAUGCAAACACCGAUUUUUUCCAGAGAAGUAAGCAAAUGUUAUAUGUCCUUCUGUUACAAAAAAAAUAAAUCUAGUCUUCCCACACACACAUAUUUCACACAUUCUGGCUACCUUAGAAAGUAUGUCGGAAAUAUUUACAAGACACUCGGAGCGUGGAAACACUACAUGAAGAUCGUAUCCUCAUCAGAAGCCUGACUGAACUCUGAACUUUGGGGGGAAGUUAUCCUAGACCUCACAGCUUUUGCAAGAUUAGGGAAAGAAACAUUUAUUUGGUUCUAUGGGAGAUAGUCUUCUUAGUAGGUAGAUUUCACACAAAUUACCUGCGUUGGAACUGGUAAAGCCUAAUGCUUACGAUCCCACACUGUCCUGUUUCACUCUUGAUAAAAUACUUAUGAAAUUUUUCCAGUGGAAACCAGUGAACUUUUUUAACAGCUUUGGGAAUUUUUUUGUAUGCUAGUUUUUAAAAUGCAGUGUCUACGCGUCAAAUAAAUUAUGGCUUGAGGUUUUCCAGAAGUCACCUUUUAAAAG